GUUUUUUCGAUUUUCGCUUUCCCGUAGCUUAGUUUCCUUCUCUCUGUUCAAUCGUUUGCAUUAUAUAUUCGGGGAGGGAAACGGAUUCAUGCUUUUCGUUAGGGUUUAACUUUAUCAAUAUUUUCACGGUUCGCAAUUUCUGCAUUUUCCCCGUUCUUUUAUAAUUGAUUGAUUGAAGAAAUUGUUUCAGCAAACAAUGGACUUCUUUUCAAAGGGAAUGAACGGGGAUGGAUCUGAGUGCCCUUUUGAUGUGAAUGACAUUCAAAGGUGCCCGUUUUUAAGGAACAUCAAUGAACCUACAAAUUUCUCUUUCUUCCAAGCCAAAAUCUCCACUCCUGUGCAUGGAGCCAAAGGUCCUAUAUUUGAAGAUGGUCCCAGUUUUAACAUGGCAUUUAAGCUAUUUCAUGGGAAGGAUGGGGUGGUUCCCCUAACUGACAAAACUGACUUUGACAGUGGCAGUGCAGAAGCUGCUGUUUCUUUGCCUGUUUUCAACCCUUUAGCGGGGAAAGCUGCCACCAUUAGUUUGUCAACCUUUGGACCAGGAGGCACAUUUAGUUUUGGGAAUUUUUCCGAGAAAUGGAAGAAGCAGAACAAUUCCGAAUCAUCAAAUAAAAAGGAACACUCAUCUCAGAAGGGUGAUGUAUCAAAGCACGAGGCCCUUGGAAACGAAUGGUUGGCAAACGGAAAUUGCCCAAUUGCCAAGUCUUAUAGAGCUGUAGGCAACGUUCUACCCCUUGUUGCAACAGCUUUUCGGCCACCAAGUGGAAUGAAGCUUAAAUGUCCACCAGCAGUUGUUGCCGCAAGGGCUGCCCUUGCCCGAACAGCCCUUGUGAAAACCUUGCGCCCUCAGCCUCUUCCUGCAAAAAUGCUUGUUAUUGCAGCUUUGGGCAUGGCGGUUAACGUGCCCUUUGGCAUGUGGAAGGAACAUACCGCGAAAUUCUCGUUAUCUUGGUUUGUGGCCGUGCAUGCUGCUGUUCCCUUUAUAGCCAUGCUUCGGAAAUCAGUGGUGAUGCCUAAAUCAGCUAUGGCACUGACCAUUAUAGCUUCUAUCCUUGGGCAAGUUAUUGGCUCGAGAGCUGAGCGUAUCCGUCUGAAAACAAUCACUACUGAGAUGGGAAAAGUGAAAACAGAGACAGUAUGCAACAUGGAAGACUACAGUCCCAGGAAGCUUGGUGAUAUUAGGGCCAAUCACUGCAGUGCUGGAGGAAUGGUCCUCAACUCGUCACUUCCUGUGAAGGAUACAGGAUCAUCUUCAACUGCUGGCGUGUGUUAUUGACCUGUAAAGAUGGGAAAUAAAUCAUUCAAGUUCUAUCUUGAUCAAUGAUGAUGAACUGAUAUGUUAAUAAAAUUGAUUAAUGUAGAUAGAUAAGCUUUGUGAACUGUGUAUAACAUGAACAGAAGUUUAGACAUGCAACUACUUUGCAUGCAGAAACGUAUCUGGACAAUUGAUCACUGAAUUCUGAUAAAAUAUCAGUUUAUGUUA